UCUGAAGCCGGUCCAAAGUCGCUCCAAUCGCUUUCUUUUUAGCUUUCGCUGCCGAGUUCCUUUGCCUGUGUUAUCGUUUCUCAGCAGGGCGAAGGAAUGUCCCAAAUAAGGGGACGACGAUGCGUGCAAUGAGCAACGUCCGUCGAGGUCGAGUUAAGCUUGUUUAUCGUGUGCCUUACUGGACAGCGUCGUGACAGCGUUCAACAGCAAAGCUAAUGCGGCUCGAAGAUCUCAGGCGACGACGAUGAGUAAGCGGUCGGAACGACUGUCCGCGGAUCGGCCGACGGUCGAGGGCUCGGAAAGAGCCAGCCGAUCGCCGGCUGACGGCGACUUGGACCCGGACGCUGACGAACUCGAGCGAUUGCGCUGCUCGAGCGUGCAAACGGAGCAAGUGAUCGCCGAGCGCAACCGUCGGAAUGCCCGGCAGCCCAGCGCCGGUUACCCGGGGUUGGCGUUCGGCGGCUCGGUGUUCUCGUCCAGCACACUGAUGCGCUUUAGGUUGAUUGCCAACGAGCUGCACAACAUUACCAACGUGCAGCUUAAGCGUGCCGAGGGCGAGGUGUCGGCGCUGCGCAACCGCAUCAACGCGCUCGGGGAGAACCUGGGUCGCGAGGAGACUGAACUUCGCCAGGCGAGCCAGGAGGUGUCACUCGUCAGAAUGGAAAGUCAACAGGAGGAAGGCGACGGCAAAGAGGACGGUGAGAUGUCGCUGCUCGACACGCAGCUGAUCGAGUCUAAACUCAGGUACGAGGCUGUUGCCCGGCAAAUCGCGCUUCUCGACGCCGAGUUCGAACCGACCAAGGCAGCUUCGCCGUGUGGUGCCGAAAACGACUCAAGCUCAGUGGCGUCGACGUCUGACGCCGCCGCACCUGUUUGAGUAUUGCUGUGUUUCGCACCUGACACUGUCAAUUGAGUGGAAAUGUGAGUAUGAUCUUGUUGUGUGUCGCAGUAGAGAGCUUUCAGCGCCUCUGUGGUCAAUGAAGUCAGGUGAGGCUGUCGCGAAAUUGUAUGUGAAUUGUAACGAAGCUUGCAAUCGUUGGUGUUUCGGUGGUUUGAAAGAAAGCAGGUCAGAAAUGGCCCAAAGUAGCUUUGCUAUCCACCUACAGGUGACUCAGUGUUUCAUCUUCUGUACGACUUCCGCAGCAUCAUACUUGUUAAUUUCUUGCCUUCGCUCAAACCUAGUGUGCCUUUUAGUUGUCAAGCUCCUGUAGUGUCAAUAUUGUUGUUGACGGGCUCCCAGCAAUUCUAUAAUUGUUGGAAGGCUGCUGCUGCAGAAUGUCACUUGUGGUGACAAUACAGUGAAGUAGCUGAGGCAUACGUACUUGGGCACACAGCCAAUGUCAGCAAUGAAGCAACAUUCUACCAUCACAAGAAAUAAAAAAAGAAAAUGUUUGUAUAUAUGUAUGUAUUCAGAAACUUUAUUAUGAAUGUGACAGAAAUUGCUGACGUUUAAAAAAUUGUGAAGCAAUAAUGCAUUGCAGCUAUAGAGGCAGAUUUACGUGCAAUCGGAGAAGGUAGUAAAGGGGCAUAAGAUUGUCCUGUCCAGAUAAUGGAACAUGACUUGCUUGGUUUUUGAAUAUAUAUAAAUCAACCCCAUCCCUUCAAAAAUCAACCUUCAGAUGUAUUGUUAAACAGUACUGGCUACAUUGUUGCAAUAUUGAGCAGAAUUGAAACUUUUUAUAUUUUUGGUAGAAAAGCUACCACAUGUCCAAGACUAAUGCUUAUAUAAGUGCAGAGCGUUGCCACCAGUACCUCACUGGUAGUGACAUGGUUGAGUGUAAAGCAUGAAAAAUAUGGCACUGUUAGAAAUGUUCUAUAUAUUUAUUAUGCUGAAAAGUAAUAUUUCAAAUGAUAUUUUUAUCUUGGUGACCAUUGCAACUGCACUGGAGCCAGCCAGGAUGCUUGCAUGGUGACAUCUGUGGUGACAUAUGUUGAAUUGUGAGAAGUCUCAGCCAGUGUUCAUCUCUGCUUGAAGGCACGCCAGUAGGUAUGAGUCUCAAAGCAUACUGUGCCCCUUUUGGCUGUUGCUUUAUAACACAGCACUAUAGCAUUUCCUCUGUGCUUUUAGUCACAGUCUCUGCGUGAUAACGUGCGUCUCUGCGUCUCUACGUGCAGAUACUGCAAAACAAGCACCCAAACUCAGCCAUCCGUUUGUGAUAACGUCUAGUGCUUCCUCUGGCUAUCUGUGGCACAAACACUUCAAAGUCUGUCUUUAGAAAAGAUCUUUCUAUCUAGUGCCUAAAUUAAGUUGUGGCAUCUUUAGAUUACAGUACUGCCCUAAGGCACAUGAUCUUUGCCAUGUGGGGACUGUUUUCCUUGUAGUGUUGUGCUGGGGAGAAAUCUCCUUUGAUAGGUUUGAGGAUAAAGUCCAUUUUCAUAAUGUAUUCUUUCUUAGAUAUCCAUUCUUGCAGUUCUUUACACAUGUCCUCUACUGACUGCAAGCAGCUGCGUUAAACCAUGCCUUUAAUGCAGCUCUAGAUGCCUGAUUGUUGGGAAAGGGCUUUUAAAAGAAAACCUGAGUGCCUUUCAGGUGCACUCAUCAGAGAGUGGUGACCUGUACAGUGACUUGCACUUUUUUUUUUCUAGCACCUUUAUUAGAAAACUUUGUGCUUACAGUUACUCUGUUUAGGCUAAAAUUUGGCAGCAAAUGGCACUUUUUGGUCUGCAUCAUUCAGUAACACAUUUUGCACCUUGAAUGUCUUGUUCAUCAGCAAAUGAAAAAAAACUACCGUUAUAUGUGCAUUUCAUGAUUGGAGAAUAAAGCUGCUACUGAGACGACUGGUUAUGGCCACUUGCCAGCACCUAAAUGUUUUGGAAAACGAGGCAAACCAUGAUUUCAGGUGUUCACUUGAGCGAUGUAGACAAAAAAUGCAAUUUUGUUGUAAUAUUUACCGACAAAAUAUAUUGGCGAGGAAUUCGGUACAGAGCAGCAAUAUAUACAAAAUUUUCUUUUUAAUUUGAUAGAAUAAAUGCAGGAAAGUGUACAUACUUGGAAUGCUGUUUGUGGUAGUGAAAGUUAUGACUUUUUGAACAAUUAAUGACUACUGAACACACCAGAACACUCCUGAGCUCAAUUAUGUUUGCUGGUUUUACAUCAUAACUAGCAUUACAGUGCUGCCUACAUGUAUUGUGUUUGCUGUUGUUAAGCAAGUGGCAGCUGUGUUGCGAGCAAGAACAUGUUUUGUUAACCACGAGUGUCGACUUGUCGUAGUCCUGAGCACCACAUGUAGUGAUCUAUAUCUCUUGCUGUGGUGCAUGAGGUCAACUGUUCGAUCCCUGGCCACAUAGGUGGUCAAGAUGACAAAAUUUAGGCAAGCCUGCAUAGUGAGAAUUCAGCACACUUUUGACUUCUUAUGGUUUAAAUUUUAUUACAGCCAUUUAAUAAAGCAUCCACCAUGGUCACGCUGUGGCUUUGGCAUAUAAAAUGAACUAUUUCAAACACAAUUACUUAUGGGGCUUUUGCAAGUAGGUGUCAUGGUGCAGCAAACUCCUUGGUGCAAGGUUAUCCGAUGACUAAAGAAUGAGUGCUAACCAUGCUAUUUCUUUUCUUCUUUUCAUUUGAUGCUGUUCUAAAGAAAAGAAAAGAGACUGAAUGCUGCUGAAGUUGGUUUCAUUACUAUGGGGCAAUCAAGGGAACAGGGUAGAGUUUAGGUGAUGGUCUUGCUUUAAUUGAAAACUUUGAUCAAGUAAGCAGGAGAUGCUUCAGUGACCCUUCAUGGCUGUACAUUUUCACUAUGGGCGGCAGGAGGCAAGUUUUUUACGGCCUGCCAUUUGAGGAAGCUUUGAAAUAUUCAAGUGUAAGUUUAUUGUGUGUUUUAUGUACACCGUAAUGUGCCUAAAUGAUACUGUGCCUUGGUGAACAUUGUUAAUACUACUGGGGGGUAUUCUAUAAAUGUCCACUUAACGGACAUGUUCAUUUCGGCUGCUGUUGGAGUGGUGAUUGGCUGGGCUAGGGUUCCAGGGAGAAGGAAACAAACACUCGCAGUGAGUUUUCUUGUCACUGGCUCAGCUCUGGCCAGUCAGUGGCAGCUGAAAUGGACAGUUCACUAGGUGGACAUUUACAGGAUACCCCAUCACCCCUCUGUUAUCACACUGUAUACAUGCAAAUAUGCUCAAUGGAAUUUGUAUCUAAUGAUGAUGAAUCUACCUACAUGUAGAGCUGCUGACAGAAAUUUUAGAACAUGGAAACCAGAAAAAAUAUAUGACAUCAUGCAGACACUGCAUGAGAGGACUGACUGAAUAUGUGUGCAACUUAUACAGUGCACCGCUCAAUUCUGGAUAUGAAUUUGUGCCUUAAGUAAAUCAAUAAUAAAGUGACUUAUUGUAGUAACCUGUGAUGAUGUAUUUGCCACAUCAAUGCUGUGCCUUGUCAAAUGAGCGACUUUAAUUCAUAUCUUGAGCACAAAAGGCCUAUAUUGAGGUUCUUAUUAUUCACAUUAGUGAAAACUGGCUAAACGAAGCUCACUGAUGAAUAAAUCCUUCAUCACUGCCGCAAAUCCUCAUUUUUUCUUGCACUUUGUUUAGAAAUAUUUUUUCAGAUAGUAUCAAAUAAACUUGAGCAACAGUGAUUGUACAAGAUAGCAGUUAUAAAGCAGGCUGCUACAUAAUAGCUAUAUGGCCAGUUCACUGCCUGUGCUGUGCCUGUACAUGCCUUUGCUCAAGCUGAAGCCACCCAGCUCUCUGUUGUCAUAGUCAUAAACCAAGCCUAAGCUGUGUGUCUUAGCACUGGUUGAGCUGUCUACAAAUGAGGCCCACCAGUGAUGUUCAGAAAUUUCACACUCCACUGCAAAUGUUUGUGGCAGCUAAUGUAAUGUUGCACUGGCAGUUACUGCCACUGCCUGGCACUUGAGGUGAAAUUGAUAAUUUUAGUUCCUUGACUUCUAUGUUCUAAUAACUUCUGUGAGCAGCUGUGUUAUGCCCAAGAGACACAAGUUGGCUCACUGAUUCCUUUGUUUACUUAACAUUUCCCAUUUCUCACAUAGAAUUUGGGAAGUUAUGGUCCUUAUAAUCUUUGCAAGAAAACUAUUGCAUCAACAACUUGGUGCCUUCAUACAUGUGUAAAAGUAUGUGAAGUUAUAAAACUAUGCCCAUAGUUUUACUAAACUUAUCUUUUUUUGGGCAUGGAACUGGCUUUUUUUUUAUGUCAUGUGUUGUGAAACUAUUUUUCCAGUCAUGGUAUAUGUACCAAAGACCGUGGCUUAUCUAAGCUGUACGCAUUGUAGAUUUAUGAAGCUGCUACUUUAAUGUAGUGCAUUGACGGUGCCCUCAUGAGACUUUACAUAUUGCAAUUUUUAAGGAAUUUAUAGAGCAGCCAUUAGAUCUCUAGAUCUUUAGAAUAGCAGUGGCGUUUCCUUGUUAGUGCCACAGAUUUCAGUUCCUUUCUUAGUACUGCCCACUGUUGAUGGUAUUUUUCCUGGCAGGCAGCUAGCAAAUGGUUCUAAGAUUGCAGCUCAUAAUUUCACCUAUAGUGCUUUCUUGGUACUUGUAUCGUUACUGUGUCAUGCAACAAUUGUUGUUUUGUAUUCUUUUGUAAAUUUCAAUGGUAGCGUGGGCUCAGUCUUUAUAUGUUAGUUUCAUAGUAGUGGUAAAGUUGUGUUGGCUCUAACCACCACAUUAAAGAGACACUCAAGGCAGAAAAGUCAAGAUUGAUUGCUAUAUUUUCAGAAACAGCAAACAUGUUGGUUUCACCAAGAGCAGAAGUUUGGUAAGCCAAUAAACCGUGAAAAUGAACAACAAAUGAUAGGGCUAACUUUAAAUUCCUGAAGCCUUGGCAGCAGAAACCUUGGCAGCAGAAACCUUGGCAGCAACUGACAGAUGCUAGUUAAGUCUAUACUUUGAAUGUGUUUUAAAACGUA